UUCCUGCCAUGAGGAGGAAAACUGACUCCCUCUGCUUGUAAAUGGUACUCUUGAACUUUCUGAGUUGAUUUGUUGGACUAUCACAGCGGAAGUGGCCGAAUUUAGAAGGAAAAAUUACUAGAGUUAGGUUACCAUGUGGCAUUGUUGGAUGAAGUUCAUCUUGGCCUGGGUAUCACUGGCAACCCCACUACUCGGUCAAAGUGGAGAUGGUGAAUGGGGUUCAGGCUAUGACAUUCACUCUGCCAUUAUAGCUACUAACGACACGGUGCAGGCUGUUGGUGAUGAGCCUGCAAAGGUGAAAAGCAACCAUGACUGGAGCACAACAACAUCAUCCUUGCCAUCAUCUUCACCCUUGCUCCACUAUGAUCCCCGACCAGAUAUGUGCUCAGUACACUUCAGCACAAACACUGCUGGUUCAGCUCGGAGGCUGAAGGCCCAGAGAGAGGAAGUGGCCUAUCUGCAAGCCAUACAGCAUGGAAACAAGGCAGUGGUGGAGAACUUAGAGCAGUUCAUAGGUGCAGAGUUGGGAGAUCAGUGUUAUGAAGAUGUUAUUAAAGAAAAUAUUAUUGGCAUCCAAGAGGACCACAAGAGCUGCAAUGAGGUAGUGGAGAAAGCUAAAGAUGAUCUUAAAAAGCAGUUUGAGGGAGACAACGUGGAAUCCCUUGCUGGGAUGCAGAAAAUAAGAGAAGAAGCUUUGGUUUUUGAAGACAUGCUCCGUGCUGCAGCGGACAUCGCCAGCAGGUUGGAAAGCUCAUUGCAGACCCUGCAUGCUUCGUUCACCAGACAGCUGAAAGACAUGGCCAAGAUUCACCGCUAAGAAAGGGUGGAAAAGUAUUUUAAACCUGUUCAAGUGUCAGAUUCACUGUAAAUGAUGCCUGUGUUAAGCCCAGAAUAAGGGCAGUAAAACUUCCUGCAAUUCUAUAUUUUCUUCCUUUAUUUCUUCAUUCUUUUUUUUUAUUAUAUGACAUGGAAAUGUUGAGGAAACCUAACAAAGAAAAUUGUAAAUUUUAAAAAGAAUAUCCUUUUCAAUGAAGUUAAAAACCCACAACUUCUUAAAUGUCAUUUUCCAUCCAGGCAUAAUUCAUGAAAUUUGAUGAGGUCAAACAUGCCAGCAGUAUGUGGUGCAGGUUUAGCCAAACUGAAUAUUUAUGAAUCAUACUAGACGAGUCUUUUGAGAGCAAACCUAAUGACUGUGUAAGUCUUCUCCAUAGGAGUCUAUGAACUGGCCAUCUGGUUCCAGGGUAAGGAUGGAGGUCAGGAUAAGCUUGCAAAGACUAUUAUGGAAAUGGACAUUAUGCUUCUAUAACAACAAAAAGACAGAAGACUGCUGCUGAGCGGGCUCUGUUACAAAGAGAAACCUGAUAUUUAUAGAAAAACGAAUCUGGGGACAUGCUACCGUAAUAAUGAUCACACAUUUCCAGCGAUUAGGAAAGAGAUCAAAACUGUGACUUUGCACAAGAAUGUGCAACACUUCUGCCUUGUCUAGAUCUAUGAAGCAAUUCUCUCUUUUACCCUCCCAUGGUUCACAGAAGGUGUCAUGCUUUGAUCCUCAGCUUCAUAAAUUGUAUAUUGUCAUGAAGGAUGAUGUUGUACAUGAUUUAUGUUUAAGCAAAUAAAGCAUCA